AUGUCCCCAACCAGGGGCGUUGCUGGUCCCUUCAGCACCACGAAGGGCAGCAGAUUCUUUUCGGAUGCAUUUUGCGAGAAGUGCGCCAAUUCCUCCGGCGGUCUUCCGGCCCCUCAUCGGCCACGAGCAAAGCAAGCGGUUGAACCACCCGACCUCAUCUUUUGCUCCCUCCGCUUGGGCGGCACAGGUUCUGUACGUGUGCACCUUCAUCGACUGCGACGCGCCGCUGCGCCACUGGCUUCCGAAGCCAAUACGGUGAUUUGUGGCAGCCAGGCUGUGUUUGGCCUGACGACGAAGGCAGUGAGAAGUUCCAUGGAUUCCUUCAAGGAAUCAUUUGACACGUCGCCAAUGUUAGACCGGGAGCUUACUGUGGCUAAAAAGAAGAUCGUACUUGUCGUUGUCGACUUUGCGCUGAGCGCUACGUGUGGCUUCACAAAUGCCCGUACGACCCCAGCCAAAACCCGCUGUACCCGCCGCAACCUAGGACGAAGGGUUGCGGCGUGUGGCUUCACAAAUGCCGGUACGACUCCAGCCAAAACCCGCUGUGCCCGCCGCUACCCGCCCUAA